AUGUUGUGUUCCACUGGUUCUCCUGGUUCUCGGCUUUGGGAUCUUCUCAGUUUUAAUAAAGACAGCGUAAGCACUGACGUCAUAAGAUCUCAUGUGAGGAAUGUGAUGAUUUCAACGUUGACGGUGGUUGUUGUUGGCUCACGCACACACAGGUGUAAAGAAUAUUUCUGCUCAGACGUUGCUGACCCAGGUUACAGUCUGAUAGGACACUGGCUCCUCAACGCUCCACCUCAGGCUAACAGCAAGGUUUGUGUGCUGAGGCUGGAAACGGUUUUCACCAUUGACCAGCAGAGCGAGAAGAACGUCAUCCGAGUGGAGCGUCGCGUGUCUUCAGCUGAAGAUGUGAAGGAUCAGACUUCAGAUGAUGAAGAGAACAGCGUCAGUCCCUCCAGUCCAGUGGAUUUACCCGUCAUAACUGCUGAUAAUCUGGAUUAUGUUAUUUUAUAA